UGAGAGCGCCCCGUGAGCGUAUUGCGCUAUCAACGUCUUUGUUGUUUGGGGUUAAAUUUUCCGUUGCAGCAGUUCUCAGUUCUGUUUUUUCUGUCUCAAUAACUGCAUCGCUUAUUGUUUUUCCACUGCCGCGAUGAAAAUUUCGUAAUAUUAAAGACAAAUAAAUAUUGAAUCAAUUGGAAAAAUGGGCGAGAGCGUGAUGUGCCCUCGUGAAAUAAGCAAUAAUUAAAAUGACCAUAUAAUUAUAAAUAUAAUCAGAAAACAAACAAAGAUAUGCGGAAACAAAAUGUGUUAACACUAGACGAGAGAGACUAAGGGAGAACGUGGGAGAGAGCGUUGCGAUAAGCAGCCAAACUGUGAGAGCGACAACAACAAUUGUUGAUUAGAAUGUGUGUCAAAAUACAAGAGCCGAGCGAUGGAAAAAACAGUUGUUAUUGCUAUUGAUAAUAAAUCAUGGGAAGAUGCACGUGCGCCCCCGCUCCCCAAUGCAUCCGUCUAAUUUUGGAUAUCUGCUCAGCGAAGCCACUUAUUUGAUAGACAAGCGACAGCAAACAGAAGCCCUGAAGGAAACACACGCGAAAUAAAACAACUGCCUGUGAAAUUCACAACAAAUCGCACUUGUCACUAGCACACCACCCUUUUGACGUCAGCUCCCGCGCUAAUCCCAGAUAUAUAGUGCAACUAUUGGAAGGACAGGGCAACGCGAAGAAUAAACCCGCAAGAUGCACGGGGUGAAGCGGGUGCUAAUCUUCUGCCUGAUGAUUGUGAUACUGCCGGCCAUUCUGAUCAUCAUGCCCUUGCAUCUGCGGAAGACUGUCUUCGCGGACGUUAUCUAUCCAAUGGCGGAGUCGGACAUCAUUGAGAUCCGCGCCGGAAUCUCUUCGAUCUUCUGCUCGAAGCACACCCUCCGGAUGAGCUCAAACUUCAAUGCCUUUCAGCUGCGCAACAAGCCCGAGGUUUCUACGAACCGCAAACACAUCAGACUGAAGAAGUCGAUGACCCUGCCCGACGACACCCUGGAGUACUGGGGCUUCUUUCUGCUGAAGGGGGCCAAGGUGCGGGUCAAGUUUUGCUCCCGCUAUGAUGGCUCCCGCAUCCUGAUCGUCAAGGGCCAGCGGCAGCUUAACCUGUGUGGCCUCACCGAUCACAAUAAGAACAAGUUAGGGGCCAAUUAUGCCAACGGCCAUGAAGAGGUCAAGGUGUUCUUCGAGGAUAACGUGGAGAUCACCGAGGAAAAGAGCAAUCAGGACGUUUUAAUGGAGCACGAGAACCACGGAGGCGAGGACUUGAGCGAGGAUCCUGCGCAACCGUUGGUGAAUAUAUCGGUUAGGCCAGCCAGUACAGGAACAACGCCCAAACUGAUAAGGAAAAAACUGAAAAAGGGCACCAUUCAUCAUAACGAUCAGGAUGUGCACAUUGGAAUAGAGAACUCCGGAACCGAGAUCGUUGAGCAUGGGCAUCAUCAUAAUCACAACUCUGGAGUAGCAACACAUCACCAUCACUCAUCAGCUGGAACUCCUGACGAGCAACACCCCAGCACUCACAACUCAAGUCAGACCCACGAGAUAACCCAUCGAGAUCGUCACAGGAGACACAUGGCAGGGACUCAAGGUCAUCAGAGGAGGCAGGAGCUCUACGAGAAGCUCUACAAAAGAACGAAGCGGGAGAAUGUCUACGAUCGAAAGUACGUGCACGGCGGCAAUGCCAUUAACUUUACGGAAACGGACGAGUCCAACUCGGUGUCCAGCUUCGAGACCGGACUACUGGACUGCUUCAGCGGAAUGAUCCUGCUGAAGGAGUUCUUCCGGCCGAGCAACGAGUGCUCCAAUCCGCACGUCAUGGACACUUUCGGAAAUAGGAGCUCCGUGGCUGUGCACAAUGUGACCGACGAUGCCUAUUACUACUACAUCUUCUACAGCGACAACGAUCACGUACGGAACGAGAUCCACGCCAUAUUCGAUAUAUAUAAGCCAACCUAUCAGUACUCAAAUCUGAGCGAGUCCCAGAGCUGCCUGAACACCACGAAUUGCACCUUCAACAUCAGCUUUCUCUCGGAUGAAAUCGUGGUGGUUGAGGUGCCAACGAGAGAUGGAAUCGAGCACGAGGAGGACGACAUCACCAACUUAAUAUCCACCUGCCAUCCGCGCAGCGAGAUAUAUGCCCUCUUCCCAAUUACGGUGCUCGUCCUGAUCCUGUGCUGCUCCUUCCUGUAGUCCUCUUGAAUCCCCAUCCGUUCCGGCGGAGCCUUGUGAUAUUUAUAGUGAGGUAACUGGGUGAUAUACGCGCAUGUGAGUGUGGCAACGUGAUGGCAGGCCCCAAAACGAGAGCUUUUCAAGUAGCCAUAGGAUCCAAUAUCGAUUAUACACGCGAAAUGAACAGUCUGACCAAUUCAUAUUUAGCAAUUCACAGAAUAUAAUCAAUAUCCGUAGUGUGUAAUAUAAGUGUAGCCUAAGACGCAAGCAUUUAAAUGUCUACAAAUACUGAAUGUUUAUUUUAGAAGUUUAGGAAACAAAAUUUGUAUAUCGUGUACAAAUACUAAUAGAAUAAUGUACAUUUAAGUGGGAACUGUAGUACUUAUCGAUACCGAGACUCAAAUGAUUACAAUUUCUGUUUUAACCUCAAGCUCUGUCUUUUAAUGAGUUCAGGAUAAUAAACUAUGUAAAAUUUA